UGGAAUCGAACACCACCCAUCCCGCUUGAUAUACAAACACGAAUAAGGGGAGCUGAGGUUGUCCGCGGGGUUAGACGUUUCAGUGCGAGAAAAAAAGCAGAAGGCGUCACUGCAGUGAAGAGCAAGUGCACCCCGCCGAACCGAGCGGAGCGGCGCACAAAAUGGACAGAAGAGGAGCGGCGAUCCCCGCUUAAGAUGCGCUCAAUAAAUGCUCAGAGGCGAACAUCUGAAUAGAAACUAGAGAUACCCCCCCACACCCACCCACCUACCCCCCCUCACCGCUCACAGCGGAGCAAAGGACAGAAAAUCGAGAGAGAGAGAGAGAGAGAGAGAGAAGGCGCAGCAGCUCUGACUCCCCUGAUCGCACCGAACCGGCGGCUUUUAAAUGCGAACGCAUAUGAAGGCAAACAGUCGCACACCCUCAGCCCGAUCGCAGCAAUGCGGCGACUGAACGCGGUGCCGUUCCGCAGGGGAAGGUGGUCGCAAUCAUCGGAGACUACAAGGCGCAGCAUCCAGCCGGGGAGAGGGAGGCUACGGCGGGGCGACCCAUUCUUCAACGGACCCCCGCUUUCCAGCUCGAGCAUCUGAGGCCUCCAGUCGGGAAAUGGGAUGAAAAUGCGACGUCACAGAGUGUUCCUGUUGUGCACGGUUGGGCUCUGCGUCAUUUCGUUCCUGCACUACUACAAGACCCUGCAUUACAUGUCUUUUGUCCAGGGUAUCUCUGCUUCCUACCCAAACAUCAAAUCCUUCAUCAUGGGCUCCAGUCUCUUCUGGAAAGAGGGAGCCACCCCGCUUUCUAGUGUCGACCCAGACGAAGCUCCAGAGGUUCUGCGCACCCCAUCCUAUGCUAGAAUGAACAUGUUUGCCUUCAGCGCUCGACCUCAGCAGCAGCCACGGGCAGAUUUCUUACUGAAUAACAAGGCAAUGAAGGAGGACAACUGGAUACCAGAUGUGAAUGCUCCGCAAGCUGAUCUUAAUCAGGAAAGCAGAGGACAGCAGGCCCACCUCUUUGUGCACAACCAGAACCAGCCACAUGUGAACAUCCCAGAUUUUCCUGAAAACUCCAGAUAUGCAGACCGGAAUCUCAACAACCACCUCAACUCCGUUUGGAGUUUGGAAACCAUUCAUAAACAAAUGUUCAUCCUACAGGAUAAGCCCAAUCAUGACUUUAUCCGGACCAAGGCUGGAGCACUUUGCUUUCGCCAGGGAACCGAGAUUGCAGACAGAGAUGGAAAAGUACCGCCAUCCCAGCGCUCCAGAGAGGACAAUAUGGCAAUGAAGGAUCCCCGGUUGAGAAGGGCUAUUCUAGCUGAAGGCCAGGAGCCCCCAACAAGGAAGCUACUCUUUGUUGAAGAGGAGGCAGGCCAUGCAGUAGCUGUGCCAAGACUGACAACCAAACUCAAGAGGGGAAAGCGCCUUGUCAAGUGUGUGUGCAGGCAAGGAUGGCACGGCCCCUACUGUGGCGUCCCCACCAUGGUACAGCACUCGACUCUGCCUACCAAAGAGAGGCUGACGCCUCGGGAGAUACCAAGGAGGGUCAUCAACGCUAUCAACGUCAACCACGAGUUUGACCUUUUGCAUGUGCGUUUCCACGAGCUAGGUGACAUCGUCGAUGUGUUCAUGAUUUGUGAAUCCAACUUCACAGCCUAUGGGGACCACCGGCCCCUCCACUUCUUUGAACGCCUGAAAAAUGGCACUUAUGACUACAUUCGGCACAAGAUCUUGUAUGUCUUCCUUAACCAUUUCCCAGAAGGAGGCCGACAGGAUGGCUGGAUCGCAGAUGAUUAUCUUCGCACCUACCUGACCCGGAAUGGGAUCCAGAGGAUAAAAGGGUUGCGGCGGGAUGACGUCUUUGUGAUCAACGAUGCUGAUGAAAUCCCGGCCCGAGAGGGCAUUCAGUUUCUGAAGCUGUUCGAUGGUUGGACGGAACCAUUCGCCAUUCACAUGCGAAAAUCGCUUUACGGUUUCUUCUGGAAGCAGCCCGGCUCUCUGGAGGUUGUAUCCGGUUGCACAACUGGCAUGCUGAAUGACGUCUAUGAAAACGAUGGCAUCAAACUCCGCAGGCGAGAGUAUUACACUAUGCCUGGCUUUCGCAGCUACGAGAACAACACAGGCCAUAUUUUAGUGCAGUGGUCCAUCGGUAGCCCGUUCCACUUUGCUGGCUGGCACUGCUCGUGGUGUUUUUCACCAGAAGGGAUCCUUUUCAAACUCACCUCGGCACAGAAUGGGGAUUUUCCCCGCUGGGGAGAUUAUGAAGACAAGAAGGAUCUAAAUUACAUCAGGGACCUGAUUCGCACAGGGGGAUGGUUUGACGGAACGGUACAGGAGUAUCCACUGGCGGACCCCAAGGAGCACAUGUAUGCUCCUAAAUAUCUGCUCAACAAUUUCAAGAAAUACCAAUAUAUGCUUUUGAACCCUUACAGAAAAGACCGAGGUGGGUGAAAGAUGAUCAAGGCAAAGAAAAGGGAGACCCCUUUGAAGAUAAAAUCAAAUAAAACAAAAAGAAAGAAACACACAACACACACUAAAACUGAACAUUCCCACCUGAAGUAAAAUAGCGGAAGGAAGACACGGGGACUCGAAAAAAGGGGGGAAAGAAAGAAAAAAUGGAGGAAAGGCAGGAGGAGUAAAGCACGAGGAGUAAAGCACUUCAGAGCACAGUCUGGACACUCGCCUGCGAGGACGCAAAAUGGUUGAAUGUAAGGAACGACAGACGGUCACUUUUUUUUUUUUUUUUAAAUGUCUGUUGUUUGAGUAAGGAUGCCAAUUAUUUAUUUAUUGUUUAACAUUAUUUUGCUUCUCUUUACCCGCACCCCGGUAAUGAACCAACACCCUCCCCGAGUAUUAAUUUUUUUUUUUUAUUAUUUCACGUAAGGCCAUCCGUGCAGGACUCCAGAUGGUGGUGUCACCACAAUUAGCUUGCAGCUGAGUUUCCAGGGCAGUAGGGAAUUUGAAUAUGUCCCCUUAGAAAACAUCUGGCGUGCUGCUCUGUGCAGAGUGCCAGCGCCUAGAAACGCUGUGCCCACAACACAAAAACCACAUUAUCAAAACAUGCGCAAGGACUUGGCUUUCACUAAGCCCGUUUCAAUAGCACUGUAGGCUGACAGACGUCUCUUGUUUUUUAUACGGGGGGGGGGGGGGCCCUCUACAAAACAAAAAAAUAUGCACUGGAGUCGCAUGGAGUGCAGUGCCAACCCUAGAUAGCUCAGGUUGGCACUGGCCCUGCUUCACCUACAAGAACAUGUGAGAGGGAAAGAGUCUGGAUGGGGGCCAAUGGCAGCUAACGAGAACGCUGAUCCCCGCCCCCCUCAAAACUAAACUCCACCCUCUACACCACUUGUGAGUCUUAUUGCUUAUCUGUUGCAGCAAGGGCAGCAAAAGGGUGGGAUUCACAGUACUGGCAGGACUAUUAAAUAAACACAUGCUAAUAUAUAAAAAGCCUUCGCAUACGCAUACUGAACCCGUACCAUCACAUUGUUGUGGACCACUCAGACGCCAUUACUGUGGUGGUACCGGCAUGGCACACAAUUCGGGGAUGGUGCUUUGGGGUCUACACAGAAAUUGGGUUUGUUUCCCAUAAAGUCAAAGUGCUUAAAGUGGAACUGCCAAAGGGUGUAAAUCACAGUCAUCUGGAUUUGGGGGACCGCUGACCUAAAUUUAUAAAGCCCUGCUAAUCUACUGUAUAAAAAGGCUCUAUAGAUGUGCUAAACCCUCUCAGUUUAAACAAACUCUUCCAGAGUUCAAACCGUUAGCUUAAGAAUAUUUUGGAAACAGCCACUGGUUUAAUGUAUAUUGUUACUUAUUUUCUUUGUUUCCCUCCCAAUAGUCUUUCUUUCUUCUUCUUUCCCCAAGAGGGCUGGUUAGGAGUUUUUGGGUGUGCUACAAUAGCUGCCGAGUACUUAAUCAGAUUUAUUUGUGGCCUUAAACGUUGAGAAGUGGGCUGAUUUAUUGUUAAAAUGUAAAGAUGUAAAUCGUGCGGAUUGACAAUGUCAUUACUUCAGCUUGAACAGAAAAAGUCAAUGAAGGAGGUAACACUAUUUAAGAUGGGUGGGAGGCCAAACGUGAGAUUCCUGUCACCAUGGAUCAAUGGGGGGGUGGGGGGGGGAAUCAUUUGAAAGGGUUCCUUCUUGAACUGGAAUGACGCAAACGGUGAACAGGCACAGCUUUAAAAUGCAAAAAGGAAGCGGGCCGGUCUGGCUCAAAUCGAUGUUGCACUUCUGCUUUGCUUGAGCGAUGAUGUUUAGUUUGUGCCACGUCUCACUUGUACAGUUAAGAUUUGGAUGUUCAGUAAAGUGGCUGGCAAACAGAAUAAGCAGUUAGGGUUUGUUUUUUAGUUUUUCACAUUGGUGAUAUCGGUGCCUUUGCAGUAAACCUGCCAGAUCAUGCAACGUUAAAUACCGAUGCAAAUUUUACGUUUGGAUUUGAAUAGGGGCUAUAUGGCUUCAGGCGAUGCGUUAUCAUUCGUCGAUUCACUCUCAAACCUGCUAAAUCCGGUUCAGA